AUGGGUGCCAUCAGACGAUCUAAAACUAAACGGCGAACAAGGGACUACGACCAGGUCCGCAAUGACAUCGACUCAGCGAGGCAUCUAGAGUUAUAUAAAGAGACAAAAGAUGUGGAAGACUUGCCCGGUUUAGGUCAAUAUUACUGCGUUGAAUGUUCGAAAUGGUUUGAGAGCGAGUACAAUUUAACAGCACACCGGAAAGGCAAAAACCACAAACGAAGAAUUCGUCUAUUGAAAGAAGAACCACAUACACAGAAACUAGCCGAAGCGGCGGUCGGAUUGACGAGUGAUAACGGGAAGCGUGGUGAUGGAGAUGCGAUGCAGAUUACCGAGUCAAACGAGGGUUGA